AUGGUAGGCGGCUGGAACUUUGGCGGCAUCAGUGUACAUGAGAGCGCUUUUGCAGAGCGUGUCUGUGACCGCUUCAAAGAGGCCGGGAUGGAGAUGGUGCGAUUUACCAAUUCGGGCACGGAGGCAAAUACGAUGGCGAUUGCCACGGCGCUGGCGUUUGUUAAUACCCGAAAUGACAAGGACGGGAAUGACGAGACAAGGAAGACUAUAACGAAGAGCAAAAUUCUCGUCUUCAGCAAUGCGUAUCAUGGUGCAACGCUUGCGUUUCCUAUGACCCUCGUCGCGGAUGCCGAUGCCGAUGCCGAUGCCGAUGCCGAUGGUGGUAAAGUGGUCAGCGGCGGCACCGCAGGCGCCGCAGCAACGAAUCUCCCCCAUGACUUCGUCAUCGCGCCGUACAAUAACAUCGAUGAGACGAGGGCCAUUGUCAAUUCACUCCACCCACGUAGCAGUCUUGCUGCGAUCCUCUUUGAACCCAUGCAGGGCGCGGGUGGCUGUCGCACCGCCACUAAAGAAUUCGCCCGUUUCCUGCGGCAGGUUGCAGAUGAACAUUCCGCGCUCCUCAUCGCUGAUGAGGUCAUGACGUCCCGAUUGGCGCCUGCGGGGUUAUGUGUGGGGCUUUUUGGUAUCACGCCCGAUAUCAUGACGUUGGGGAAAUGGGUUGGUGGUGGGAUGAGUUUUGGGGCAUUCGGGGGUAGGCGGGAGAUUAUGGAGCUAUACUUGCCUGCUGAUCCGGGGGAGAGGAAGGGAAAGGGGAGGCUGAGCCAUGCGGGGACUUUUAAUAAUAACAUCUUGACAAUGGUGGCGGGCUUCGAAGCAUUGGGGAUUUAUACGAAGGAGAGAGUCGGGGUGCUCAAUCGGUUGGGAGAUAGGUUGAGAAAAGGGGUUUGGACUUUGCUCGCUGGUCGGAGGAUUAUAAGUGAACAUCUGAGCCAGAGCGGAGAGGCUGGCGAAGGGUACGAGAUUGUGGAGGUUGAUACCUUUGAUCGGGUGAGGCAGGGAAAGGAAGCCAAGGGACUCCCGAGGAUGUUUGUGAGUGGGCAUGGGAGCUUGAUAAAUGUGCGGUUUACGGGUUUCGAUGCGAAGGUGUGGCAGGCGUUGUUCUAUCACCAUAUGCUAGACGAACACAUUUAUCUUGCUAUGAGGGGUUACAUGGCUUUGACGAUAGAGACGACUGAAGGUGAUGUUGAUAGGUUCAUCAGCUGCGUGGAAGGCUUUCUGGACCGGACAACGCAAGAUUGUGAAACGGAGAUUUGA